GCGACCAAUCGCCGCGCUCGGGCGGGCGCGGGGCGCCGCGCGGGGCGGGCGCUGCCAGCGACAGUGCACGAGGACCAGCCGCGCCGGACGGACGCACGCCGCGCGCUCCCACCACUACACGAGUUUCACCGAAAACCGGUCCGAUGCAUCGUGACAUGUUAUAGUGUGCAGUGACGCCGCUAUGAGUGCGUGGACGGAGGAAGUGAUGUCCUGGCGGGACGAGCGGCUCGGACUCACCGAACUGAGGGAGCCCAGUACGAACAGAAGAAAACAACGCAGUGCGCCUUACAGACUACAUCGGCCGCACUUGCCCGUGCCUCACGUGCCCGAGUUGCCGCCGGAGCCACAGGGAACGCACAUCACAAGGUUGUACCCGGAACUGUUAGCUCUGAUAUUUGAGAGGCUGCCGGUCCGGGACAGAGGCCGCGCGGCGCAAGUUUGCCGCUCGUGGAGAGACGCAGCUGACCGGCGUUCUGUGUGGCGAGGAGUGGAGGCCGCGCUGCACCUGCGGAGACCAGCGCCCGUGCUGUUCGCGUCGCUGGCCAGGAGAGGAGUGCGCAAGUUACAAGUGCUGUCGCUGCGCCGGGGACUCAGGGAUGCAGUCGCCGCGCUUCCGGGACUCGAAUCCCUAUCCCUCAGCGGGUGCUACAGUGUUACCGACGCUGCUCUGGCCAGUGCGUUUGCAGCUGAAUUACCAGCUUUAAGAAGGUUAGAUCUCUCACUAUGCAAACAAGUGACCGAUUCGUCGCUCGGCAGAAUAGCGCAAUCACUUAAAAACUUAGAAGAGUUAGAACUAGGCGGCUGUUGCAAUAUAACAGAUACAGGUCUGUUGCUCAUCGCCUGGGGACUUAGGAAAUUGCGUCGCCUUAAUUUACGAUCAUGCUGGCACGUGAACGACGCGGGGAUAGCGCAUCUGUGCGGCGGCGGCGAGGCGCGAGGGACCCCGGAACUGGAGAAUUUGGGACUACAAGACUGCCAAAGGUUGACGGACGAAGCGUUGAAGCACGCAGCUACAGGUCUUCCUAAACUUAAAUCCAUAAAUCUUUCGUUUUGCGUGGCGGUGACGGAUGCAGGCUUGAGGCAUCUCGCUCGGCUGCCGCACCUGGAGGACAUCAACUUGAGGGCUUGCGACGGCGUGUCGGACGCGGGGGUGGCGCACCUGGCCGAGAGCGGUCGGCUGCGGGCGCUGGACGUGUCGUUCUGCGACAAGGUCGGUGACGAGGCGCUGUCGCACGCCACGCUGGGCCUGUCGGGGCUGCGCUCGCUGUCGCUCAGCGCCUGCCGCCUCACCGACGAGGGCCUGGAGCGGGUCGCCAGGCUAUCACAGCUAGAAACGCUAAAUAUAGGACAGUGCACGAGGGUCACCGAUAGGGGCCUGCGCGCGCUUGGGGACGGCCUCCGGAAUCUGAAAGCGAUAGACUUGUACGGUUGUACGUGUAUCACUCCGCAAGGCUUGGACCACAUCGUGAAGUUGCCUCGGCUUAGUGUACUUAACCUCGGUCUGUGGCAUGUGCGGUGACCACACACACACCAGUAGUGUCUGUGCGCGCGAGUGUGAGUGCGACGGCCAUGUUGUAGUGAAGGAGCGCCAAGGUUGUAGGUAUACUCUGGACAGUGAAUAAAGGAAUUAACCAAUUUUAAGAUAUUAAACUAACGAAUUAUGUUUUAGGAUAUGGGGCUGCAUUCUUAUGUGUCUGUUUCUCUGUCAGUUGUGUUAUCUGUUGUGUCGAUUUCAGUUUGUGUUACUUUGCAAAAAGACAACUUUGUGGUUAAGUUUCUUUGAGAAAGUUGCCCCAAUACCUAGUCGCAAUGUUGAGCCAGGCCUUUUUGAAUGUUUUCUGUUUUCUUUUUUAUAUUCCGUUGUUUGUUAUAACUGGUACAUGACGCAACGCCAACAUGUUAAUGUGUGAAGUUAUGUAAUUUUUAAAAAGGUCUGGUUUAUCAGAAUAAUUUGCUCCAUUAGUUAGGUAGAUAUUUAGCCAUUCUUCAAAUUAUCGAUGUUUUUAAUUCGAUCUUAUUCGUGAAUUUAGGGAACUAUCGAAAUUGUUAAACGUUAGGUUUUUACGAAUAAUUUUGUGAUGGUUGCGUGAUUUGGGAGAUGAAAUAUGAUUUACAAUGAGUACUUCCAAAUAAGUAUAAAAACGUGUGUAUGUUAAGCGAUAAGCCGAUUUUAAUAUUGCUUUUACAAAACCUUUUACCAGAAUUGAUAAUUUUAUUAAUUUUUCACGUCGAAAGGCAGAUUAACGCCAAUCGUGUGGUUUUAUACUGUUGUUGAUUGUAUCCUUAUGAAUAAAUCUGUAGAUUGAUUAUUGCCAAAAUGAGAAUGAAAAUAAAUGGCAACACCACAUCCUUAAUCUGACUUGUUUGAUUUGACUUCUGGUCCUUGUUUAUUCGGAUAAAAGGACCAUUUGUUUUUGUUGUUCUAUUUUGAGGUUAUGAAAGCGUCCAUAGAUACAUUUUGUUUGUCUGACGCGAUGAGAGAUGAAUACUGAUGAAUUUCAUCCAUUCAUCUUAAGCUCUUAAAACUAAUAAAUAAUGAAAUCAGCUGAUAAAACUACUUCCGAAAUUUUAGAAAUGAGUUUUAAAAGUGGAUUCUUUUAAAAAUCUUUUAGGAUCGUAUUAUGUUGUUCUAAAAACAAUCGUUCCUCAAAAACCAAGUUUAUAUUAUCUGUAUAUGCAGUUUUAUGUUAAAUUCAAGGAAACAGUACUAGAAAUACACUUUUUGUAUAAACUUUACAUCUAAAGUAAAAUCUUGUCUCGAAACCACGUAAGAAAAACCCAAAAUAUUCAGUGACGAAAUUGUUUUGCUCCAAUUCUUCGUCUUACGUAACAAAGAAACUUUUUGUUGUUUAUUUUGCAAAACAAUGGCAAAUCUGUAACUUCUUGUAUUCAAUUUUAAGACUUGACAAUAUUCUGAUUAUGCUUCCAAACUCAUUAUACAUUAAUAUCAUACUGUUAAGUCUGUUUAUUCUGGUGAAUCUUUUGUUCACUAACUAAACGAAGUUUGGAGUAUUGCUGUCUUUUUCUAAAAUGCAGCGGGAAAGAAGGACAACCAUAUAUACUUAUGGUGUUAUUUGUGUAUAAAUAUGCCAGUUUCAAAGUAAAAACUAUUUUUGAAGUUACUAUAUUUUGAGAACUCUCAAUUAGGUUGCAUUCUUAUCUAAAGUGCGUAGGUGGAUGUGUUAAAAAAGGGACACUUUAUUUAUAUACUCUGAAAUAUAAUUUUUGAUUAUCAAAAAAAUAUCUCUGUCUAGCAGAUCGUGGUUGAUGACAGGUCUGUCAUUUUCAUACAUUUUCUGACAACGUAGAGAUGUCAUUUGGCUAAAGAAGCAGUUGGAAAGAGAACUCUACAAGUAAGCUGUCUCUUUCUAAAUUCCGAGAAUCUGAAUUACGUUUAGUUAGUGCAUAACAGAAUUCAAUCCAUGUACAUUUUGUUUAUUUUAUCUCCCAUUUAUAGAGAUCUCGUUAAUACGUAAUUUUUGAUAUUAUUAUUAGUGUUUAAUUGUUUUAGUGUAUAAUAAUCGUAUGAGAUCGAAUUAAAAAUAUAGAAAUACGUUGUAUACUUCAUAAAUACGUUGUUUUUGUACAAAACGAAUGUAACAUAGGAGGAAAGUGUAUUAAAAGUCAUCGUUUAAGUUACAAAUUAA